CGGUGUUAGCCAUAGAGGCUCCGUGUUAAAUCUUACCCUCCAUUGUAUAGAGCAAGGAGACUAUGUUACGAGGAACUGCGUCCUUGCCAAAUUAGAUGUUUACCUUCAGAAAUUGUCCUGGAACAUGAUGAACGUUUUGUAAACCCGAGAAACAAGAAAGCCCAUGAGGGUGGGGAAUUUCCAAAGAACUAGAGAACAAGGAAGCAGGUGUCUUUGGAUAAGGGUCAUGAUUAAUAACCAAACUCACCUGUGAAAAAAAGGGGAGGAGAAUAAAAAAGCGCAGCGGCAGUCUCUCUGGGAGGAUCCCAACUCUAUCUCUGCGUCUUUCUUUUUCUUCAUCCUCACUCCCCCAUUCAGGUGCUGUUCGACAAGUGACGGCUGGCUCCGUCAAGGUAUGCACCACCAUACCCAACUCAAAUUCUUUACAUAAAUUAUCAUUUAGUCUUCACAAAAACUCCUUAAGAGGUCAAAAAGAAGCUUAGCAGUUGGCAGCUACAAUUGCUGACUGGCUGAUGGCCAAGUCAAGUGGCUCUCAGGGAAGCUGGAGAAAAGAGACUGAGGAAGGACAUCUACAUCUGCACUGUCCAAAGGCCACCCUAGCUGCAACAGAGGAGGGGCUAGGCUGAAGGGAGAAAAUGAGAGAAGAGACCAACCAGGCAGGAGGUUCUCAACUGAGCAGGAGAGGCUGGAUUGGAUUAGCCUGUUGAUAGACUGGAACUGUAUGGCUUUUCUGUGCCACAGGUCCACGAAUCUGAAGGCUGUGACCUUCCUGCUGGUGGCCAUGAGUUUGUCAGCACUGCGCCUGUGGCUCCUCCAAGAAUUGGGGUCCCCGCUGGAGAAGAAGGGAGAGGACCCCACUGAUGUUCCCGCUGUUCCUGUGCAGCCCUUAGCACUGCACCCCAGGACCCCGUGUGUGGCCAAUGCCUCCGCGAACAGUGUGGCCAACUUUGAGCAGCUGCCCGCCAGGAUCCAAAACUUCCUGCUGUACAGACACUGCCGCCAAUUCCCGAUUCUCUGGGAUGCGCCAUCGAAGUGCGCGGGCCGCCGCGCAGUCUUCCUGCUCCUGGCUGUAAAAUCAUCUCCUGAGAACUACGAGCGCCGCGAACUCAUCAGGCGCACGUGGGGCCAGGAACGCAGCUACCGCGGGCGGCACGUGCGCUGCCUCUUCCUGCUGGGCAAUCCAAGGCCCGAGCAGGCGGCGCUCGCUCCGCAGCUGGCCGAGCUGGUGGACCUGGAGGCGCGCAAGCACGGCGAUGUGUUGCAAUGGGCCUUCGCUGACACCUUCCUCAACCUCACGCUCAAGCAUGUGCACCUGCUCAACUGGCUGGCCACACGCUGCCCGCAUGCACGCUUCCUGCUCAGCUGUGAUGACGACGUGUUCGUGCACACCACCAACGUGCUCAGCUUCCUGGAGGCGCAGUCGCCCGACCACCAUCUCUUCACCGGGCAGCUUAUGCAUGGCUCCGUGCCCAUCCGUGACAGCUGGAGCAAGUACUUUGUGCCCCCGCAGCUCUUCCCUGGGAAGGCCUACCCGGUGUACUGCAGUGGCGGCGGCUUCCUCCUAUCCAGCUACACAGCCCAGGCCCUGCGUGCAGCUGCCCAUCAAAUCCCUCUGUUCCCCAUCGACGACGCCUACAUGGGCAUGUGUCUGCAGCAGGCCCGCCUGGAGCCCAGUGGCCACGAGGGCAUCCGGCCCUUCGGCGUCCAGCUGCCCGGAGCCCAACAGCCCUCCUUCGACCCCUGCAUAUACCGUGAGCUGCUGAUCGUGCAUCGCUUUGCACCCUACGAGAUGUUGCUCAUGUGGAAGGCACUGCACAGCCCCACGCUGAGCUGUAGCCAAGGACACAGGAUCUCCUGAGGCCGACUGGGCUGGGUGGAGAAGUGGCUUCAGCCCCCAGGACCAUUACUUGUGACGUUUGCCUGGCUGAGAAUGCAUCUCUCCUGCACAGAUGCAUUUUGUCCGACCAGUAUCUUCACCUGUAUCUGAACCUCAGUUGUGCAUUGAAAUCACCUCGGGAAGGUUUCUAAAAACCUACAUCCUGGUAUAUUUUCUUGGCCUCAUCUUCAGCAGUUCUGAUCGUAAUUGACCUGGGGGUGGCUCCAGACAUGUGGGUGGGUUUUUUUAGUUCCUCCAUUGAGUCUAAUGUCCAGCUCAGUUUGAGGACCACUGGGCUAGGUAUGACUGUUUGUCCUGGCCAACCCAACUCCCCAAGCCUUCCAGGACAAAACCCACUCAUUGUGGGCAAUGGAGCAUUCAGUGUCAGGAUCAAUGUCACCUAUCAAAUGCAGUACAAAUAUGACUUUUCAUCUCCAUCACUUCCCCUACAAAUACACGAGCUGGGCUGACAAUCAUCAGACAAAUAUCCCCUCCCAGAAGUCAACCUGCACUUAGAACUGAGGAGUACCUGACAGCCUUCCCCCAAGUACCCUUGUGAAGUCAAAAUGCCCACUGUAAAAAGUGAAAACUGAAGCCCAGUCAAGGCAGGAGGAGGAGGAGGUACCAUCCAAGUGACCUUUCUGCCGUCCUGACCAGGGACCCCUAGUAGACAUAGCCACUUCUUUUCUGCUGGCCUUGCUUCUGAGCAGCCCAUAGCAUGUGCUUCCUGAAUGAUUUAGGGGUGAAUGAAUGAGCUGAUGAGUACCUGUCUGUCUCAGUGGUGUAGGCUGUAUCUGUGAGGACAUUGUAUUAAUUUCCUGGCUGCUGUAACAAAUUCCCUCCAGGUGUAGUAAUGAAUGCCUAUAAUCCCAGCACAUACAAGGCUGAGACAAGAGGAUUGCCAUGAGUUUGAGGCCAGCCUGAGCUACAUAGUCAGUUUGAGGCCACUCUGAACUACAAAUCAAGACUCUGUCUAAAAAAAAAAAAAAAAAUCCCAUAAACUUAUUAUCCUACAAUUCCAUCAUCCAACACAGUCUCAGUGGCCUAAAAUCAAGGUGUUGUAGGGCUGCAUUCCUUCCUGAGUACUGUAGGGGAGAAUCUAUUUCUUUGCUUUUCCCCUUCCUCCAUCUUCAAAACCAGUAAUGUUGCAUCUCUCUGUGCCUUACUUCCAGAGCCAAAUCUCUCUCCCACUCUUCUACUCCAACUCCCAGUGCUGGGUAUCAAACCUUGGUCUCAAACAUGCUAGACAAGCACUCUACUACUGAGCUACAUCUCCAGCCCUUUUU